UCCUGAUCUUACAAUCUGUACACUUGCUAUCUUUCUCUCUGAAUCAAGGAAAUACUCCUUUGAUCUUCAAUUUUCUGUAAAAGUUUACAUGGUAUCAGUUUAGCUUCAGAUUCGAUCGUUUCUUCCGCUCAUCUGAAUUCUCUUUCCGUUUUUGAUCGCUAAAUUCGUGAAGAUGCCGGAUAAUCAGAAUCUCACCGAAGAUCCUUCGUCACCAUAUUAUCUGCAUCCAGCCGAUCACUCAGGCGUUAGGAUCAUCUACGAAAUGUUUAACGGUGACAAUUACAAUGCUUGGCAGAAAUCUGUUGUUAUGGCUUUUACGGUCAAAAACAAGAUGGCGUUUAUUGAUGGAACCAUAUCUCAGCCUUCAUCUGAUGAUCCUCUCUACUUGGCUUGGUAUCGGGUAAAUGCGCUCCUUCUAUCUUGGCUUGUUUACUCGAUUAUACCUGAAAUUCGUACUACUUUUCUCUACUUUACCGUGGCUAAAGAUGUCUGGGAAGAAGUUAAGCUUCGAUAUGGAAAGAGCGAUGGACCUCAUGUUUUUCAGCUUGAAAAAUCUUUGACUAAUCUGUCUCAAGGUUCUCAAUCUCUUACUGCUUUCUAUAACUUUUUCAAAACUCUAUGGGAUGAAUACUGCAAUUAUAGGACUCCUCAUGUCUGUAAAUGCGGUAAUUGUACUUGCAAUCUCAAUGAACUUUAUCAAGAACUUUUACAGAGAGACUCUGUCUAUAAAUUUCUCAUUGGACUCAAUGAAUCUUACAAUGUCUUGAGAAGUCAGAUCUUGUUAAAAAUUCCUAUUCCAAAAUUGUCUACUGUCUAUUCUCUUCUUCUUCAAGAAGAAUCUCAGCGUUCUUUACAUAAUCCUACUGAAUCUGUAGCAAUGCUUUCUCAACAUAUUCCUAAUACUCAAUCUCAAUCCAUUGCUACAUCAUCCAAUACUGAAUCUCUUGCUUUCAUUGCCAAAUCUAAUCCAAAGAAAAAGUAUACUGGCAUUUGCUCUCAUUGUGGUUUUCAAGGCCACUCCUCUGAACGUUGUUACCAAUUGAUUGGUUAUCCUGCUAAUUGGAAAGGUCCUAAGGGUCAAAGAUUUGCCCCUGGCUUCAAACCUUCAUCUACAAAUGCUAACAAAUCAUCUCAGGCACAUUUGGCAUCUACUUCAACUGAUAGUCCUGACUUAGACCUAUGCAAUCCAGAACUCUACAAUCUGUUUCUUCAGUUCAUGAAGAAUCAAUCAUCUCUUUCUAGUUCUGCUCAUGCUGCCAUGACCAUGUCUCAAUCUCCUGGUCCUCAACAAUCUUCAUCUCCUGAUAACAAUGCUUUCAAAGGACCAAAGUACACAGAAAAUCAUUGGUUAUGCUGAAAUAAAAAAUGGACUCUAUCAGUUACAUCUUCCUAAUCAUACUGCUUCUGCACAGUCUGCCAUUACUGCUCCACACAGUGAUCCUGUCAUUUGGCACUUUAGACUUGGCCACACUCCUUUUAAUAAACUGAGUUCUUUUCCUAUUUCUUUUGACAAUAAAUCUUGUAAUAACAUCACACCUUGUGAUAUUUGCCACUUUUCCAAGCAAAAGAAACUUUCUUUUACUGAUAGUACUUCUCAUGCCAUUGCUUCUUUUGACUUGGUUCAUAUGGAUAUCUGGGGUCCCUUUAGUACUGCUUCCUAUUCUGGUUUUAAGUAUUUCUUAACCAUUGUUGAUGAUCACACUAGAUGUACAUGGACUUUUAUGAUGAAGACUAAGUCUGAAACUCGUUUUCAUAUAAUGAACUUCUACAAACUUAUUCAAACUCAAUUUGAUAAGAAAAUUAAAAUCAUAAGAACCGAUAAUGGUGCUGAAUUUAUGUUUUCCAGUUUUUAUCAGUCCAAUGGAAUUAUUCAUCAACUUUCUUGCGUUGAAACUCCUCAACAAAAUGGUAGAGUAGAAAGAAAGCAUCAACAUAUCCUCCAGAUUGCUAGAUCUCUUCUUUUUCAGUCUUGUUUGCCUAUUACUUUUUGGUCUGAUUGUGUUUUAUCUGCUGUUCAUAUAAUAAAUAGAACUCCUACUGCUAUUUUAGAUAAUAAAAGUCCUUUUGAACUUCUGUAUAACACUAUACCUGAUUAUUCUCAUCUCAAAGUGUUUGGUUGUUUAGCUUAUGCAUCUACCCUAACUGCCAAUAGAAAUAAAUUUGAUCCUAGAGCAUCAAAGUGUGUUUUCAUUGGUUAUCCUUUUGGCUAUAAAGGUUACAAAUUAUAUGACUUAAACACACAUAAAAUCUUUGUUUCUAGACAUGUUCAAUUUUAUGAGAAUAUUUUUCCAUACAAGGAUAUUUUACAAAAAUCCUAUAAUUCUUCAAAUAAUGAUAAUACUUCUACUGAUAAUCAUACUGUAUCUACUGACCAGUCAUAUGCUACUUCAACUCAGGUAAACUCUAAUUCUUUUAUAGAUAAUCAAAUAAGUGAGGAAUUCAAUACUAUUAAUUAUAAUAUUAUCAAUGAUAGUUCAGAAUCUACUAAUACUUCUUCUUUUCAGGAUGACAUGAAUAUUGUUGAUCCUGAAACCUCUCCUCAAAGGAAAUCUUCUAGAGUAAGAAGUAUUCCUACCUACUUACAUAAUUAUGAUUAUAGUCUCCCUGAUUCUAUAAAACCUACUCAUCAAUCAUCUUGUAAUCUCAUUAGAUAUCCUAUAUCUAAUCAUAUAAGUGAUAAUAGACUUGAUCAAUCUUAUAAAUGUUUUACUGCUAGUAUUUCUCUUAUUAAAGAACCUAAAACUUAUAAGCAGGCUAUUAAAUAUCCUGAAUGGCAGACUGCCAUGAACACUGAACUUCAAGCUCUUGAACAAAACAAUACCUGGACUCUUGUUAAUCUACCACCUCAACAACAUACUGUUGGUUGUAAAUGGGUUUAUAAAACUAAACUCAAAUCUGAUGGCACUUUAGAAAGAUAUAAAGCUAGGUUAGUUGCUAAAGGCUAUACUCAAGAAGAAGGAUUAGAUUAUUUUGAUACUUUCUCACCUGUUGUAAAAUUAACCACUGUUAGACUUCUUCUUGCUAUUGCUACUACAAAACAUUGGUUUUUACAACAACUUGAUAUUAACAAUGCUUUUUUACAUGGAGAUCUUUUAGAAACCAUAUAUAUGCAGCCUCCACCAGGAUACUUAUCUCCAGGUGAUACCAGAGUAUGCAAAUUGCAGAAAAGUCUAUAUGGCCUUAAACAGGCUUCAAGACAAUGGUAUUACAAACUGUCAGAAUGUCUCCAAGGUAUUGGUUAUAUUCAGUCUCAGGCUGAUUUUUCUCUUUUCACAAAAAGUAAUGAUAAUUCUAUAACAGUUUUACUCUUAUAUGUUGAUGACAUAAUUUUAGCUGGUAAUGAUAAGACUGAAAUUAAUUAUGUUAAAGAUGUUUUACAUAAUACUUUUACUAUUAAAGACCUUGGGGAUCUCAAAUAUAUUCUUGGUAUUGAAGUUGCCAGAUCUGAAAAAGGAAUUUGUCUUUCUCAAAGAAAAUACACUUUAGAUAUUCUUUCUGAGAAUGGUUACUUAAAUUGUAAACCUUACAGUACACCCAUGGAUUCCAAAAUUAAACUUUCAAAAGAAAAUGGUACUGCUUUAUCUGAUCCUAAAGUCUAUAGAACUCUUAUUGGCAAACUUUUAUAUCUUACUGUAACUAGACCUGAUAUUGCUUACAGUGUUCAAACUUUAAGUCAAUUUCUUGCUAAACCUACUGACAUUCAUCUAAAUGCUGCUCAUAGAAUUCUCAGAUACCUCAAAAAUGCUCCAGGUAAAGGACUCUUCUAUUCCAUUAAUUCUGAUCUUAAACUUUCUGGUUAUAGUGAUUCAGAUUGGGCAGGUUGUGUUGACACUAGAAGAAGUGUUUCUGGUUAUUGUUUUUAUCUUGGCAAUUCUCUUAUUUCAUGGAAAUCUAAAAAACAACAAGUUGUCAGUAGAUCAUCUACUGAAAGUGAGUAUAGGGCUGCAGCCAAUGCUGUUUGUGAAGCACAAUGGCUUCAUUAUCUUUUAAAGGACUUUAAAAUACAACAUCUUUUUCCUAUUAAUCUGCAUAUUGAUAAUCAAUCUACAUAUUUUUUGGCUCAUAAUCCAGUUCAACAUCAAAGAACCAAACAUAUAGAACUUGAUUGCCACCUUCUAAGAGAAAAAAUUUCUACUGGACUGAUCAACCUUAAACUCAUUAAAAAUCAUUGUCAACUUGCAGAUGUAUAUACUAAAGCUCUGGGAAAUCCACUCUUUGAAGAAUUCACUGUCAAGAUGAACCUGUUAGAUAUCCAUGCUCAUCUUGAGGGGGGGUAUCAAGGAGUUCAAAAUAAUGAAAAGAAAGAGCUGAAGGACUAAAUUGCAAAUACUUAUUUCUUAUUAUUUUUACUUUAAUAUUACAUCAUAUAAAUAGUGUAAAUAUAAGACCUAAUAAGAAUAUAUCGAUUCUUCCUGAUCUUACAAUCUGUACACUUGCUAUCUUUCUCUCUGAAUCAAGGAAAUACUCCUUUGAUCUUCAAUUUUCUGUAAAAGUUUACACAGUUUGAAAUCCUUCAUCAAAUACUCUAGUUCCAAUGAAAUGAGUAGCAAUACGCCAAUAAUGAGUAUAUAUGAUAGGAUCUGACCAAUUUUGUUGAACUGAAAUAUUGAAUCCUACAAACAUGGUAAAUA